AUGUUUGGUGAGGAGUUCGAUACUGGGUCCAAUAACAGCGACUCAUCAUCUUCGGAUGACGAACUCAUCCUCCCCAAAUAUGAUUAUAUGGUAGAUAUCACUCCGAAUCGUUUUCCUCCGACUCUGGAGACAUGGGAACCCUCACCUAUUGGCAUUCCGACCAUAUGUUACUGUGGAAAACCAGCUGUGCUUAAGACUCAAAUAAUUGGGUUGUUGAUUGGUCAAAAAUUCUACUCUUGUUCUGGGGAUAUUCGUGAUGGAGGUUGCCACAUUUACAAGGAGUUGAGUGUUGCAAUCAUGGAGGAGAUAACCAAAACCAAAUUGGGAGAAAUGAAGGAUGGAGAUUGGCGAUCGUCUAUCUCAAUUGGGAGACCAAAUUGA